AGUCACAAAAGAAUCAAUAUUGUAAAGCAGUCAAGUUCAUAGAGACAGAAUCAGAAAGGUACUUGGCAGGGUCUGUGGGUUAAGGAACAAUGGAGAGUUAUAGGUACAGAGUUUUCAUCUGGAAAGAUGAAAGUUCUGGAGAUGAUGGUAGUGAUGGCUGCCCAACAAUGUGAAUGCAGUUAAUGCCACCAAACUGUACACUGGAUAAUGGCUGAAAUGAUAACUUCUGUGCAUAUUUUGCCAUCAAUUUCUUUGUAAGUUGAUUGAAAGAAUAUAUUCUCUCACUACUAUUUUUCUGCUUGAACUGCUGUGAAAUCUUUAUAUACCAUACUAAGUUAUCAUUUGGCCAUGGUUUAAGUUAAAAAUUUAAUUUAAAAAUUUUAAAAUUGAAUGAAAAUAUGGACAGUAAAUUAUAUGUCCAGUUUUAAGGUGCUCUUACAGAUUACAAUAUGCUACAUUAACUUUACUUUUUUUUGUUCUUUUAGGCUUUACAUUUUACUGAAAUGAAAACAAAAUUUAAAAUUUCAUAUAGAAUUUGUAAAUCCUAUGAGUAUGUUUGAGAAACCUCUGGAGUGUGCAGAUCCAAGUUAGAGUAAUAUUGCUCAAGAGACUUUGUUGCAACCAGUUCAAAAACCUCAUAUAGCCUUAUAGAUCAUCCCAGGGAGAAAGAUUUCAUAAGAAAUAGGUGUCACAGGACUUCCCGUUUCUUCAUCCCAGUGAAACCAGUGUCUUGAAUCGACUCUGCCGGCUGGGCACGGACUACAUUCGCUUCACCGAGUUCAUAGAACAGUACACGGGCCAUGUGCAGCAGCAGGAUCACCAUCCAUCUCAGCAGAGCCAAGUUCCUGGCUGACCCCCAUCUCUCCAUAUCACAUGUCAAUUACUCCUUAGAUCAGUUCCAGCUCCUUUUCCCCUCUGUGAUGGUUGUAGUAGAACAAAUUAAAAGUCAAAAGAUUCACGGCUGUCAGAUCCUGGAAACAGUAUACAAACACAGCUGUGGAGGUUUGCCUCCUGUUCGCAGUGCACUAGAAAAGAUCCUGGCCGUGUGUCAUGGGGUCAUGUAUAAGCAGCUGUCAGCCUGGAUGUUACACGGGCUCCUCUUGGAUCAGCACGAGGAGUUCUUUAUCAAGCAGGGCCCAUCUUCCGGGAAUGUCAGCGCCCAGCCAGAAGAGGAUGAGGAGGACCUGGGCAUUGGGGGACUGACCGGAAAACAGCUGAGGGAGCUCCAGGACUUGCGCCUGAUAGAGGAGGAGAACAUGCUGGCGCCCUCUCUCAAGCAGUUUUCUCUGCGAGUGGAGAUUCUGCCGUCCUACAUUCCAGCGAGGGUUGCUGAAAAAAUCCUCUUUGUGGGAGAGUCUGUCCAGAUGUUCGAAAAUCAAAAUGUAAACCUGACCAGGAAAGGAUCCAUCCUGAAGAACCAGGAGGACACUUUUGCUGCAGAGUUGCACCGUCUCAAGCAGCAGCCCCUCUUUAGCCUGGUGGACUUUGAGCAGCUGGUGGAUCGUAUUCGCAGUACUGUGGCCGAGCAUCUCUGGAAGCUGAUGGUGGAAGAGUCAGAUUUACUGGGUCAACUGAAGAUCAUUAAAGACUUUUACCUUCUGGGACGUGGAGAACUGUUUCAGGCCUUCAUUGAUACAGCUCAACACAUGUUAAAAACACCACCCACUGCAGUAACUGAACAUGACGUGAACGUGGCCUUCCAGCAGUCGGCACACAAGGUGCUGCUGGACGACGACAACCUGCUCCCUCUGCUGCACCUGACGAUCGAGUAUCACGGCAAGGAGCACAAAGAUGCUACUCAGGCAAGAGAAGGGCCUUCUAGGGAAACUUCUCCGCGGGAAGCCCCGGCAUCCGGCUGGGCGGCCCUGGGUCUUUCCUACAAAGUGCAGUGGCCACUACACAUUCUCUUCACCCCUGCUGUCCUGGAAAAGUACAAUGUUGUUUUCAAGUAUCUGCUGAGUGUGCGCCGGGUGCAAGCUGAGCUGCAGCACUGCUGGGCCCUACAGAUGCAGCGCAAGCACCUCAAGUCCAACCAGACCGAUGCGGUCAAGUGGCGCCUAAGAAACCACAUGGCAUUCUUGGUGGAUAAUCUUCAGUACUACCUCCAGGUAGACGUGCUGGAGUCUCAGUUCUCACAGCUGCUUCAUCAAAUCAAUUCAACCCGAGACUUUGAAAGCAUCCGACUGGCUCAUGACCACUUCCUGAGCAAUCUGCUGGCCCAAUCCUUUAUCUUGUUGAAACCUGUGUUUCACUGCCUGAAUGAAAUCUUAGAUCUCUGCCACAGCUUCUGCUCACUGGUCAGUCAGAAUCUGGGCCCACUGGAUGAACGUGGGGCUGCCCAGCUCAGCAUCCUGGUAAAGGGUUUUAGCCGCCAAUCUUCACUCCUAUUCAAGAUUCUCUCCAGUGUUCGCAAUCAUCAGAUCAACUCGGAUUUGGCUCAGCUACUCUUACGACUAGAUUAUAACAAAUAUUACACCCAGGCUGGUGGCACUCUGGGCAGUUUCGGGAUGUGAGAAUUUCUGGUCCACAACCUGAAAUAAUCCCACUGCAUUGUGACAGAAGAUUCAAAACAAACAUCCCCUUUCUCUCACCGGCCUCCGUACAUCUGCAGCGACUGGAAAAGCUCUGACUUCUCUCCUAGAAGCCAUUACUGAACAUCCACGGGUGCAAGUCCUUCCCCUGGUUCCUGCAUGGGAGGGGCCUCUGCCCCACCCCAAAGAGUUCUCAACUCACCACGGAGGACUUGUAGCUUCGGCCCACCUGCUGACCAGGCAAGGUCUGUUACACUGGGAACAUUUGUCAGAGGUUACCUACUACAUGUCUAGGUACUGUUCAAGCUUCGAGAGACACAGCAGUAAGUUACAGCUCAGAACAUAAUACGGCUCAUGUGAAAAAGGAAUUAUAAAUAGGUCAAAUGCUGGAUGUUCCCACUGAGCAAGAAAAACACCAGGUAAGCUAGGUUUCCCCACAGACCUCCUUUCCUCUUUCAGAAACUGAAAUGGAGAGUCUCCCAUCUUUAAGGGUCUUCAACUGUGACUCUGAAGAAUUCUACUGGUAACUUCCAGUUAUUUCAGACUGUUAAGAAGGUAAUUCUGCUGCUGACAAUGUAUUUUUUUUUAAAACAAAGAAAAAAGGGUCCUUAAGACAAAAAACUGUUAGAUUUCAAAUACUGAAAGAUGCAGGUCUUAUUAUCCCUUCUUAGAAGAACCACAGGAGUAAUAUGCCCAGCCAUCACUGAUAUCCAUCGAUCUUCGUAUCAGUAAUGAGCCAAAAUAAAUAUGCAUCGGACAACUGCCUCCAAACUGAAAGAUAAUUCUGGCCUCACUGUGUAGCCACUCAGUCUGGCCCUUGUCCACCCCUACAUCUACCACAUAUAGACGUUUAUUCCCUGUAACUGUCGGCUACAGAUGACCCUUCCACUGCUGCCUCUGGAGCAGAGGUUAGCAUACUAUGGCCAGCCACCUGUUUUUAUAAAUAAAGUUUUAUCGGCACAGA